AUGUUGCGCCUCGCGGCCAAGCUGCUGGCCUUCUUCUGGAGGCGGGCGGACGUCUCAGCAGAGGAGGCCGGGCCGGAGCUCGCGGAAGGUGACACCAAGCUGAAAACUGUACAGGGUGUCGUGACAAGGUACUGCAGCGACUAUGGCAUGAUCGAUGAUUUGAUCUACUUCUCCAACGACGCUGUCACUAGCAAAGUGCUUCUGAAUGUUGGACAGGAAGUUAUUGCAGUUGUGGAGGAAAAUAAAGUGUCAAAAGGACUGAAAGCCAUCAGGGUAGAAGCAGCCUCUGACAGAUGGGAAGGUGGAGGCAAGAAGAGCAGCAGGGGGCCUGCUGACUCCAGUACCCACCUUUUGAUGGGCUGCGUGACUUCACUGGUGGAAGGUGCCGGCUAUAUCAACCAGACCACAUACUUCUCGCUAGAGAGUGUUUGUGAAGGUUUCCAGCCCUGCAAGGGGGACUGGGUGGAGGCCAAGUACUGGAUCCGACCCGGCACAUGGAGCAGCGAGGCUGUCGCCGUGAAGCCACUGCGGUACAAGCGUGUAGACAAGGUGUGCAUUUCCAGCCUCUGUGGACGAAAUGGCGUGAUUGACGACAGCAUCUUUUUCACCCUGGAGUCACUGAAGCUUCCCAGUGGGUACAUGCCUAGAAGAUACGACGUUGUCAACGUGGUGGUGGUGGAGAGCAGCCAGUCCUGCUACAUGUGGAGGGCACUGUGCAUGACUCCCGUGAAAAAACGAGAGCCUUCUACCCAUAGUGAGAGUACUGAUGACGCCUACGGAACCCUGUUACUGGAGAACAAAGGGGGUGUUGAAGUUACAAGGAUGACAGAUUUUGGAACUCUACAAGAAGGAGAAAGUAAAACUAUGGUGGUCUGGAUAGAGAAUAAAGGAGCUGUUCCUCAGGGCUUAGUCAGCUGCAAACUGGCCGGCUGGGAUAAAACCAAACAAUUCAGCGUUCACAUGCCUGGUAAAGACCGACAAGGCCCCGCAGCGUCUGCGAUUUCUGUUCGUGGGGAGGAGAAGGGGUUUUCAGGGGGAAACGCGAGCUUGUUGAAUAGCUACAGAAAAAGCCAGCCCUGCCAGACUCUGGAGGGCAGCCUGAGGAAGAGCAGGGAAGGCACUCCAGAUGAUUGUGCCUAUAAAGGAGGAAGUGGGGAAGGAGAGGCUGGGCUCCCAAAGCAGGCCCCAGAGCCCAGUGGGCCCGUCCUUCCAGGCGGAAAGACCUCUGUGGUGAUUACAUGCAAAGCAAGAAAUUCUGGCCGCUGCAGGGAGCUCCUCCUGCUUUGUUUUUCUGACUUCAUCAUCGGGCGGUACCUGGAAGUGAGCGUGGUCAGUGGCGAGGAGGUGCUAAUAGGGAUCCGAGAACCAUUCUCUUGGAAGAAGUCUAAAAGUUCCCAAGUGUUAGCGCCCACAAAAACUACCGUCGUCGUGACCACGCAGAAAAGGAACUCAAGACGACAACUUCCAAGUUUUCUUCCACAGUAUCCAAUACCAGAUAGACUUAAAAAAUGUGUGGAACAGAAAAUUGACAUUCUGACUUUCCAGCCGUUGCUUGCAGAGCUUUUGAACAUGUCAAACUACAAGGAGAAGUUUGCAACGUUACUGUGGCUUGAGGAGAUCCAUGCAGAAAUAGAACUCAAAGAGUACAACAUGAGUGGGGUCACCUUGAAAAAGAACGGGGACCUACUGGUGCUGGAGGUCCCGGGACUGGCUGAAAGCCGACCUUCUCUGUAUGCAGGUGAUAAACUGAUUUUAAAAACUCAAGAGUAUAACGGACACGUCAUUGAAUACAUCGGCUACGUGAUUGAGGUCCAUGAAGAAGAGGUCACUCUGAAACUUAAUCCGGAAUUUGAACAAACAUACAGCUUUGAACCUAUGGAUGUGGAGUUCACAUACAACAGGACUACAAGCAGACGAUGCCACUUUGCGCUUGAACAAGUCAUCCAUUUAGGGGUAAAAGUGUUGUUUCCAGAAGAAAUCAUUUUACAGCCUCCCCAAGUCGUAGGGAAUUGGAGCCACGUACCAGACAACAGAAACGAGGAGCAGUCCACCACCAAGAAUGAUAAAACUGGGGAGGACCAAACCCAACACACAACAAAGGAGACGCAUGUUGGUGCCAAGGACUUGCUGGGGAUGGUGGCCUUUGCAGGAGAGCAGACAGACCUAGUAAAUGAAGCUCAGACCCCGAAAGCAAGAGAGGAAUUUUUCAAUCCAGUGCUGAAUGAAAACCAGAAAUUAGCAGUCAAAAGAAUUCUUAGUGGUGACUGCCGCCCGCUCCCGUAUAUUCUCUUUGGACCUCCUGGAACUGGGAAGACCGUGACCAUCAUCGAGGCUGUUUUGCAGGUGUACUAUGCUUUGCCAGACAGUCGAAUCUUAGUCUGCGCCCCCUCCAACAGCGCCGCAGACCUGGUGUGCCUGCGGCUGCAUGAGAGCCAGGUGCUGCGGCCUGGUGCCAUGGUUCGCGUGAAUGCCACCUGCAGAUUUGAGGAGACCGUCAUCGAUGCCAUCAAGCCUUACUGCAGGGACGGAGAAGACAUCUGGAAGGCCUCGCGAUUCAGGGUGAUAAUCACGACAUGCAGCAGCGCGGGGCUCUUCUACCAGAUCGGGGUGAGGGUCGGGCAUUUUACACACGUGUUCGUGGACGAGGCAGGACAAGCAAGCGAGCCAGAGUGCCUCAUCCCUCUGGGGCUCAUCUCGGACAUCAGUGGCCAGAUCGUGCUUGCCGGAGACCCCAUGCAGCUGGGGCCAGUCAUCAAGUCCAGGCUCGCCAUGGCCUAUGGGCUGAACGUGUCCAUGCUGGAGAGGUUGAUGUCACGAGCAGCAUACCUGCGAGACGAGACCGCCUUUGGUGCUUGUGGUUCCUACAACCCCCUGCUGGUCACAAAGCUCGUGAAGAACUACAGGUCGCACUCCGCACUGCUCGCGCUGCCGUCCAGACUCUUUUACCACAAGGAACUUGAAGUCUGUGCAGACCCCAAAGUGGUGACCUCUCUGCUAGGCUGGGAGAAGCUGCCCAGGAAGGGAUUUCCACUUGUCUUCCAUGGUGUGAGGGGCAAUGAAGCACGUGAAGGUAGAAGUCCAUCGUGGUUCAACCCCGCUGAAGCUGUUCAAGUCAUGCGCUACUGCUGCCUGCUUGCCCGGAGCCUCUCGAGCCCAGUGUCAGCCAACGACAUUGGCGUUAUCACGCCCUACCGGAAGCAGGUGGAGAAAAUCAAAAUUCUUUUGCGGAAUGUUGAUCUGACGGAUGUGAAGGUGGGAUCGGUCGAGGAGUUCCAGGGACAAGAGUAUCUGGUCGUCAUCAUCUCAACUGUACGAUCAAAUGAAGACAGAUUUGAAGAUGAUAGGUAUUUUUUGGGUUUCUUGUCCAACUCAAAAAGAUUUAACGUUGCGAUCACCCGACCCAAAGCGUUGCUGAUUGUGCUGGGAAACCCGCAUGUCCUUGUCAGAGACCCCUGUUUCGGUGCAUUGCUGGAGUACAGCAUCACAAACGGUGUUUACACAGGAUGCGACCUCCCGCCUGAACUGCAGUCCCUGCAGAAGUGA